UUGUCCACACUGGGCACUUCGGUAGCGAACGAAGAACCCAUAUUCAACGCACCCCAAGCCCAUCGGUUCUACUUGAAAGAUGGGAACAUCGAAAUCCAACUCGAGGAUGGAGCCCUAUACAACGUGCACCGCUACUUCUUCGAGACCCACGCGCCCAAAUUCGCCAAGGAAUAUCUUCGAGGCUCGGCGCUUUCUGACGACUCGCCCGUCAUCAGGCUCCCCAACGUGUCCUACGUCGAUUUCGAGCGCUUCUUGUCUAUCAUCUACCCUACCAACCUUGGCAAAUGCGACAUCGCCUCGGUCCCCGAAUGGACCUCCGUCCUCCGGCUCGCCACGAGAUGGGGCGCCGCCAGCCUGCGCGACCUCGCCAUCGAGGAGCUCAAGUCCAAGGCAUUGGACCCCGUCGACAAGAUCGCCAUCGCGCGCGAGUUCAGGCUGGGACCUACGUGGCUCGCGCCAGCCUUUGCCGAGAUAAGCACGAGGCCGAGUAGGCUGACGCGUGCGGAGGCAGAGCGGCUGGGACUGCACAGCGUGCUCGAGGUCGGCUGGAUCAGAGAG